AUCCCAACUAAAAUUAAAGACCGCAAAUACCAAAGCCCAUUUGAUAAGCAGCUGUUGACUCAACAAUAUUUGGCUGUUUUCAUAAAUACGUGAGGUUGAAGCCAGUUAAGGUCAGAAAAUAGAGAUCAUGCAUUGGAGCUGGUUGCAAAAUUUAGUUGUGGCUGUGGUAUUGCUUCAACUACCAAACAGCACUGUUGUGGGUAGGCAGAGGCCGGUCACCGUGAGCCUGAAACGCUUGAGGGAUCAUGAGAGCACACUAUCGACCUUGCAAUUCGAGAAAGCUGCUUUAAAAGCCAAGUUCCGAGUGAAGUCGUUGCAGCGGCCUAUGUUGAUGGCUGCUGGCAGACAGGUUGAGGAAGAGACGCCCAGGCUGCCGUUGGGAAACGCCUACAACACCGAGUACUACGGCUUAAUUCAAGUGGGCAGUGCUCAGUCCUUCAAGAUAUUGUUCGACACAGCCUCUUCGAAUCUGUGGGUGCCAUCGAUACAGUGCCCCGCCGAUAACUGUACACGAAUGCACCGUUACGACUCCAGCUUAUCCAGCACCCACGUGCCCAACGGGAACGCCUUCCAAAUACAGUACGCCACACGCAACAAUCAACCGACCAUACUUAAAGGAUUCCUGUCAACGGACGAUGUGAGCAUUGCCGGGCUCACUAUCAAAAAGCAAACAUUUGCAGAGAUCACCUCGUUGCCACCGGGUGUCUUCAGCAAAGCCAACUUCGAUGGUAUUUUUGGCCUGGGCUUCAAGGAUAUCGCCAUUGGGGGCAUUACGCCACCCUUUACAAAAAUGGUGGAACAGGGGCUUGUCUCGCAACCUACGUUCUCCAUCUAUCUCAAUCGCAACAACACCGGCAGCAUAGAUGCUAAUGGAGGCAAGCUAUUGCUGGGACCCAGCGAUCCCACGCUCUACAGCGGCUGCAUGACUUACGUGCCACUUUCGAAAGUCGGCUAUUGGCAGUUCACUACACGCAGCAUCAGGCUGGGUAGCAGCAAUCUGCUGUGCUCCAACUGUGAGGCCAUUGUCGAUGUGGGCACCUCCUUGAUAGUGGCACCAAUCAAGGCAUUAAGGAGUAUCAAUGCCCAGCUGGGCUUGACAGAAGCCAGCAAGCGAGAUGGGGUCUACACACUGCCUUGCUCCAGAGUCCCCUUACUACCAUCAAUCACUUUCAAUAUAGGACGCCGCGACUUUGUUAUACCCGCCUCCAGCUAUAUUGUUCAGUAUAAAUCGACAUGUGUCUCGGGAUUCACCAGCUUGGAGGAGGGAAGCCAAGAGUUAACGGACGAUAGCGGAACAGACUACAGCAAUCUGUGGAUAUUUGGCGAUGUCUUUAUGGGCCCCUUCUACAUGGAGUUUGACAUGGAGUAUAAACGCAUUGGUCUUGCUCGAAAAGUUUAGAUAAGCCGAACUCGGACUUUGUACAUUUCUUUUAAUCAUUAAAUAUU